UGGGUUCCCUAUGUUCACCGUAUACGGCGAAGCAACCCAAGUCUACAACGAAGCACAAAUCGCGUACCGCAAAUCUAUGCAAUUCCCGACUAUUCCGCCAUUCCUACAUUUCUCGAUUUAGUCAAAUCAAUUUCUAUAUAUGUUACUCUUCUUUUUCUGAUUUCUUCGGAAUUCCUAUUCCGAACCCUUCAAUAUUCAUACUUUGUUGCUUUAUCCAUGGAUGCCAUCUUCAACAAGCUCCGGAAUUUGGAUGCUUACCCUAAAAUCAAUGAAGAUUUCUAUAGGCGCACCUUUUCUGGUGGUUUAAUCACCCUCGCUUCCUCCUUUUUCAUGCUCUUCCUCUUCUUCUCUGAGCUAAGAAUGUACCUCCAUGCUAAAACUGAGACACAGCUGGUAGUAGAUACAUCAAGGGGAGGAAAAUUACACAUAAAUUUUGAUUUGAGUUUUCCUUCGAUUCCGUGUUCUAUACUCAGUCUUGAUGCCAUAGAUAUCAGUGGAGAGCAGCAUCUUGAUAUUAGACAUAAUAUAAUCAAGAAAAGAAUUGACCAUCAUGGAAACGUUAUAGAAGCCAGACCAGAUGGCAUUGGUGCACCUAAGAUUGAGAAACCAUUGCAGAGGCAUGGUGGCAGGCUGGAGCACAAUGAAACGUAUUGUGGUUCAUGUUUUGGAGCAGAAGCGUCUGAUGAUGAUUGUUGUAAUUCAUGUGAAGAAGUUCGUGAAGCAUACAGACAGAAAGGUUGGGCUAUUACCAAUCAAGAUUUGAUAGAUCAGUGCCAAAGAGAAGAUUUCAUACAGAAGGUAAAGGAUGAAGAAGGUGAAGGGUGUAAUAUCGAAGGUACUCUUGAAGUUAAUAAAGUAGCUGGAAGCUUCCACUUUGUGCCUGGAAAAAGCUUUCAUCAGUCAAGUUUCAAUUUUCUUGGGCUGCUUGCUUUGCAAACAAGCGAUUAUAAUGUAAGUCACAGAAUAAACAGAUUAGCUUUUGGCGACCACUAUGAUGGCUUGGUAAAUCCCCUUGAUGGUGUGCAUUGGGAAUAUAAUGAACAGAACGUCAUGCACCAGUACUUUGUCAAGGUGGUUCCAACUAUAUAUAAAAACAUCAGAGGUCGUACUGUUCAUUCAAAUCAGUACUCUGUAACGGAGCAUUUUAAGAGUGUGGAGUUCGGAAGUUCUCAGUCUAUACCUGGAGUCUUCUUCUAUUAUGACCUUUCUCCUGUUAAGGUGACAUAUACUGAGGAGCAUGUUCCAUUUUUACACUUCAUGACACACAUUUGUGCCAUAAUUGGAGGUAUUUUCAGCGUUGCAGGAAUUGUAGAUGCAUUCAUAUAUCACGGUCAAAGAAAAAUGAAGAAGAAGGUCGAAAUCGGAAAAUUUGGUUGAUGUCUCAAGUUCCCUUUCACGUCAGUCCACUUUUGAUCAAGCUGAUGCAAAUUCAUAUGAGAAUCAAAAUACAAUUCUGUCCAUCAUUUGGGUGUUCUGAAAGUAGUAUUAUUUAUAUUUCAUGGAAUUAGAUUCAUUUCCAAACAGAGGUUGAAAUCAUGUUCUCUUUGACAUAACACCACACAAGUGAAAAAAAAAAAAGAAAAAAGUAACAUUAGUGUAAGAUACAAGAAAUUUCACCCAUUACUCCUGAUCAUUUGUAAAUUUCUAUACAACAUGGGAUUUUAUUGAUAUUGCGAUUGAGAAUUUUGAGAUUCAUCUUCA